AUGGAAGGUGGUGGUCAUGGUGGUGGUGGCUUUCCUAAUUAUGUGAAUUUACAAAAGCAUCCUCUUGUUCCUCCUCCAUUGACAGCAAUCGGUAGGUUCUUGCAGGGUCAACGUCGUCAAAACCAUUUUCCUUAUCACAACUUUGAGCACAACAAAGGAAUAGUCAACCCUGCAAAUGGGGUUUGUGGAUUCUCUUCAUCCUCUAAUGGAGGGAUUGGUGGGUUGUAUGGGGAACAUGAAGUCUCAUUAGUACCAUGUUUGCCAAUGGACAAAAUCUGUGCAGCCGAUCAUGAUGUUUUUCUCAAAAACUAUGGAAAUAUAGGACUCAACCAUGAAGUGAUCAAAUCUGGUAAGUCGAUGAAAUCAAAAGGUGGUGGUCGUAAGAGGUUGAUCAAGGGACAAUGGACAGAUGAAGAAGACAGGAAGCUACUUAGGUUGGUGAAACAACAUGGAGUCCGAAAAUGGGCUCACAUCGCUGAGCAAAUGACCGGUAGAGCGGGGAAACAGUGCCGCGAGCGAUGGCAUAAUCAUUUGCGACCCGAUAUCAAGAAAGAUACUUGGAGUGAAGAUGAAGAGAUAAUGCUGGUUGAAGCUCAUCAGAAGGUUGGCAACAAAUGGGCUGAAAUUGCAAAAUUAAUUCCGGGGAGGACGGAGAACGCGAUAAAGAACCAUUGGAAUGCAACAAAGAGGAGGCAAAGUUCUCGUCGUAAGAGCAAGAAAAAUGAAGCCAAAAGUAGAAAGUCUCGAUCUUCUAUCUUACAAGAGUACAUUAGAAGCAAGACCACCACUAAUGCCCGUGAUCAUAAUGUUGCUUCCACCACCACCACUGCCACCGCCACCCAUACCAAUGCAACUCCGGGCAGUUCCACCGCAAUCUGCGCUGAUGAUCCGCCCAUUAAAUUCAACAUUCUCUUUCCUCAUGAGCUGCCAAAUUCAAACUCUGAUGACACUCCAUCUCUAGACAUGGAUCAAUCCUAUGAUGAUGAGUUAACUUUCAUGCAAAGCUUUUUUGGUGAUAGCAACCUCAUUAGAACACAAGAUUCAAACACAACCUCCAAUGAACCCUCAGACCACAUCAUAGAUCUAAAAUCGUCUUUAGACAUGAAUCCCCUAGGGUUUAGUAGUAGUUCACCAUACGGGUUUGCUUCAUCUUCGUUUAUCUCCAAUGAGUCGUCCAUGGUUCACAUCAAAGAUCCAAAGCCCUCUUUAGACGUGAAUCCACUAGGGUUUGAUGGCAAUUUGCAAUUUGGGUUUCAUUCAUCUUCAUUAGUUCCUGAUCAUGAUGAGAACCCGAAUUUAUAUUUGAACAAAGAAGAUUCAUCGAAAACCCAACUCGCUUCUGAUGUUUACAUAUCUUAUCUCCUGGAAGGAGCCACUACAUUGUCUAACUCUAGUGACCAUUGCUGCUAUGGGGACAUGAAAAGGGACUUGGUGUUUGAUGCUGAUGAACAAAGUGCAAGUUCUUCAACAGAUGGGACUAAAGAGAUGGAUCUGAUGGAGAUGGUGUUCUCUAAUUCUCAGUUUUCUCAAGGUAGUAAUUUUCUGAUAUAA